AUGCUACGAGGUUUUUUCGGGCGUCGCUCCCGGUCCGUAUGGAUUCGUCUCACCUAUCUUUGCGUAGUCACCAUCAUUUUCCUGUUUGCCACGUCACAAUUCAAGACGACCACCACACACGCCAGGUUUAUACCAGACGUAAGUGUUAUCUUAUCAGAGACAAAUAUGACAGGCCGUUCAAAGGAACUUUCUUUCAGACUGAUGAACCAGAUCUGAAGACCGCCGAGAAACAUGCGCAUGUUUUGGAAGCUCCAAAGCAGCAUGAAACCAUCGAGGGACCGGCUCCUGAUCGAGUGCCGGAUGUGCAGAAAGAUAGCACAGCGGCUCCGAAAUGGACGAGACGGACGCCGAAGCCGAAGAGAGAGCACAAAACGCCAGAGAACUUGAUCAUCAACGGGGAGAAAUAUCCGAAGUUGACGCCCGACGGAAAGUUCAUCCCUCAACGACGGAUCAUCCAUCUCGAUCUCAAAGGAGCGCCAUACAAACCGCACUACUUCACGGAACUCUUCGCAUUUUUCAAUCGAUUGCAAGCCACCGGUAUUCUAUUGGAGUGGGAGGACAUGUUUCCGUUCAAAGGAAGACUUUCUGGAGUCGUGAAUAAGAAUGCGUACAGUAUGGAGAUCGUGGAGAAUAUUCUGAAAGAAGCACAGAAGCAUAACUUGCAAAUUAUUCCGCUUGUGCAGACGAUGGGCCAUCUGGAGUGGAUUCUGAAGCUGGAGCAGUUUGCGCACUUGAGAGAAGACUCGAGAUUCCCGCAAGUCAUCUGCUUCUCGGACGACAGUGCUUGGGAACUAAUAAAAGAGAUGGUUGCGGAGGUGGCCGAAGUGCACAAAAAGUUCGGAAUGCCUUACUUCCACAUCGGCGCCGAUGAAGCCUUUCAAAUCGGAAUCUGCAACGCCAGCACCGGGAGGAUUCAAAAGGAAGGGAGCAGAGAGAGAUUGAUGCUGUGGCACAUGUCCAGAACGGCACAACUCGUCAAAGACAAUUAUCCGGAGACUCAAGUGCUUGCCUGGCAUGAUAUGAUUGUGAGUGCUUCUGAAACGGACAUCGAAGACUACAAACUCGCCGAGUUAGUGCAGCCGGUGCUCUGGAAUUAUGCAGAAGAUCUCGAUAUGUACCUCCCGCGAUCCACGUGGAUGCUGCUGAGAAACUUUGGAAGUGUUUGGGGAAGUUCGGCAUGGAAAGGAGCCGACGGCCCGGCCAGAUACUCUACUCACGCGGCCCACUACGUCAAGAAUCACGAGUCGUGGAUCAAACAAUUUUCAAUGGUCUACAAGGACUUUGAUGUGGUUGAGGGACUCAUAAUGACGGGCUGGUCUCGCUACGAUCAUCUGGCCGUGCUGGCCGAGACGAUUCCUGUGGCUCUUCCGACACUUGCAUUGAGCAUGGAGACCAUGCUCGAAGGCCGACCGCUUCUUGGACAUUAUCCGCGAACUGCCGAACUGCUUCAGUGCUCGCCUCCUCUCGACUUAGGACUCAUGGCUUCUGGAUGCCGGUUCCCGGGCGCCCGGAUCUAUGAGCUAGUCAACGAGCUUUAUCAAAAGCGGGCCCAACUUAGGGACUACAAGGAUGAGGAUUUUGAGCUCAACGGUUGGCUUUCAAGGAUGGCCGACGAGUACACAGUUUCUAGUCAUUGGUACAUUGAUGUAAGUAAUUUUUAGCUUCGAAUAAAAUUAGAACGUUACCAUUUUCCAGAAAAUCGAACAAAUGAUAGAAAUGCAUGCGUCGCCGAUUGAAAGGCUAGCGAAGGAUCUACGGUUCGAGAUGGACAAGAUCUUCUUCAAAAACACUGCCGACGAGUUUAUUUUCACCUACAUAGGCGACGAUUUAGAAUGGAUCAAACGGAAGAGAGCCACUAUCCAAAGGAUUUCCGCGGCAAAGGCGUUCCCAGUCCGUCCCUACAUAGAGUCAGCCACGUCGAAAACCACGUGCUCGUAG